UUCCCACUCACAUAGCUGAGCAAGUCUUUAGGGUUUAUACUCCCCACGCAUACGCAUCGCCUGUCUGAAGCUCUCGGUCUCUCAGCAUUUAAAAACAUGAAUUUGAACAAUGUUAAAGUCCCCAAGAUGCCUGGCGGUGGUGCAGCUUCUGCUUUGCUUAAGGUGGGAGUUAUUGGUGCACUUGGUUUGUAUGGCGCUGCCAACAGUCUCUACAAUGUUGAGGGAGGAUAUCGAGCCAUCGUGUUCAACCGUAUAGUUGGUAUCAAAGACCAGGUUUAUGCCGAAGGGACUCAUCUUAUUAUUCCGUGGUUUGAGAGACCUGUGAUCUAUGAUGUCCGUGCAAAGCCCCAUCUUGUGGAGAGUACUUCAGGGAGCCGUGACCUCCAGAUGGUGAAAAUUGGGCUUCGAGUUCUUACCCGACCUGUGCCAGACCAGUUACCAACAAUUUAUCGGACACUUGGUGAGAAUUAUAAUGAAAGGGUCCUUCCUUCAAUUAUUCAUGAAACUUUGAAAGCUGUUGUUGCUCAGUAUAACGCCAGCCAGCUUAUCACUCAGAGAGAGGCUGUUAGUAGGAAUAUUCGGGAGAUCUUGACCGCAAGGGCAGCUAAUUUCAAUAUUGCAUUGGAUGAUGUGUCUAUCACAAGCUUAACUUUUGGAAAGGAGUUUACAGCUGCAAUUGAAGCCAAACAGGUGGCUGCACAGGAAGCCGAGAGGGCUAAAUUUAUUGUGGAAAAAGCUGAGCAAGACAAGAAAAGUGCUAUUAUCAGAGCACAGGGUGAGGCGAAGAGUGCACAGCUGAUUGGUCAAGCUAUUGCCAACAAUCCGGCAUUUAUCACUCUCAGGAAGAUUGAAGCUUCGAGAGAAAUUGCGCAUACCAUCUCGAAUGCAUCCAACAAAGUUUUCCUGAAUUCAGGUGAUUUGUUGCUGAACCUUCAGGAGAUGAAUUUGGAUCCUACUGGGAAGAAGGCAUAACAGGUUGAAAUUACCAUCCCCUCUUUAAUUUUGUUUAUCAACUCUUCAAUUGGAUAUUUUGUGAUAUCCUGGAAACUGAGCAGUGGAAAAAUUAAAUUGGAUAUUUUGUCUUUUAAUAGACUUUCUGAAACAAGGAAAUUAAGGUGGGCUAUCAAAUUAUUGUCAGUCAAAAAGCCGACAUCUCCAACUCGAAACUGUUUCAUUCAGUUUUGUUUAUUAAUUGUUCAAUUAUGAGGAUAUUUUGUUACUAUGUCAGUGGACAAAUCACUUCAUUUCAUCUUAUUUUACCUUGUAAAAAAGGCACUUCAUUUUUAACAUUCACAA